AUGAAAGAGAUUGGAGAGGCUAAGCUUGGUAGGAAGCUUUGUGAAUUUCUGAAGCACAAGAAGUGCUUGGUAGUUAUGGAUGAUGCAUGGAGCAGCUUGCUCAAUGAUGAAAUUGCUCUGCAUGCCACCAAUUCACAAGCAUUUAUCCAUAACCUUGGUUUUAUGGAUAAGGAUGAGAGUUGGCAGCUUUCUCAAGAAAACUUUUGGAGGGAGAAGUACAACUUCGACAACUUCGACUUUUUGAGCUCAAAAAUGGCAGAAGGCACUGUUACCUUCUUUGCAGAGAAGUUGAGCAACUUGAUUUUACAGGAAGCUUCUGUAUUUGGGCAAGUAGAAGGCCAGAUAAAGCUGCUGCGCAACGAGCUGGAGUGGAUGCGCCUCUUCCUGAAGGAUGCGGAUUCAAAGCGCAUAUACGACGAAAGAAUCAAGCUGUGGGUGAAUCAGAUUAGAAACGCAACCCAUGACGCUGAAGAUGUCAUCGACGAAUUCAUCGUCAACAUGGAUCAUCGCCAGCGAAGACUCAACACCCUCAAGCUCCUCAAGUGCCUACCUACUUGCGUAGGAUUCGCUGACAAGUUACCCUUCAUCCACGAGCUUGACAGUCGUGUGAAAGAUAUAAAUGUGAUGAUUGGGGCGAUUAUGGCUAAUAGAUCCAAGUAUGGUCUUGGAGAUCUAGUGGCUUCCAGCUCAUCCACGACUGAUCAGGUUGCGGCGCACAAGGAGAAGCGGCCCCCAGUAGUUGAAGAGAGCGAUGUAGUGGGGAUCGAAGAUGGCACCAAGGAGGUGAAGCAGAUGCUGAUGAAGGAAGAGACGCGGAGAUCAGUGGUGUCCAUCGUGGGGAUGGGCGGCCUAGGCAAGACAACUCUCGCCAAGAAAGUUUAUAAUCAAAGGGAUGUCCACCAACACUUUGAUUGUAAAGCUUGGGUUUAUGUGUCUCAAGAGUUCAGAGCAAGAGAAAUUUUGCUCGAUAUUGCCAGUCAUUUUAUGUCUCUCAGUGAUAAAGAAAAAGAAGAGAUGAGAGAGAGUGAGCUUGGCGAGAAGCUUUGUGAAUACCUGAAGGAGAAGAAGUACUUGGUAGUCAUGGAUGAUGUAUGGAGGAGUGAAGUUUGGAGUCUCUUGCGCUCACAUCUUCCUGAGGCCAAGGAUGGGAGCAAAGUUUUGAUCACUACUCGUAAUAAAGAAAUCGCUCUGCAGGCCACUUCACAAGCAUUUAUCUAUGAACUUCGUCUCAUGAAUGAUGAUGAGAGUUGGCAGCUUUUUCUCAAAAAAACUUUUCAAGGAACAAGCACACCUCAUACUCUAAGUGGGGAGUUAGAGGAACCGGGAAAGAAAAUUGUGGCAAAAUGCAAAGGUUUGCCUCUUGCGGUUGUGGUCUUAGGAGGCUUACUGUCCACAAAAGAGAAGACAAAACCAUCAUGGGAGAAAGUGCUUGCAAGUAUUGAGUGGUAUCUGGAUCAAGGCCCUGAAUCGUGUAUGGGAAUUCUUGCUUUAAGUUACAAUGACUUGCCCUAUUACUUGAAGUCUUGUUUUCUUUAUUGUGGGAUUUUUCCAGAGGAUUCUGAGAUUAAGGCAAGUAAGUUGAUCCGUUUGUGGCUGGCUGAAGGCUUUAUAGAGAGAAGGGGAAAAGAAACACUGGAAGACAUAGCCGAAGACUACAUGCACGAGUUGAUCCAUAGAAGUUUGAUUCAAGUGGCUGAACGAAGGCUAGAUGGAGGAGUGGAGUCUUGUCGCAUGCAUGAUCUCCUUCGAGACCUCGCUGUUUUAGAGGCCAAGGAUGCAAAUUUGUUUGAGGGGCAUUUCAUGGCCACUCGGGAGGAGUUGGAGAGCAUUUCGUUUGGAGUAAGGAACAACUUCUAUGAAGCUUCAUGCAUGGACGUGUGGCAUGGACCACCACCUUUCCAUGGUGGUGGUUGA